UAUCGGAUCAUUGUUGACGUGUGGAAGUGUCCAAACGGAUAACAUCCCAACAAGGAAUGGUCUCGUGCCGUCCGUGUCUAACGUCACUUCUCACCGUAUUUGGUCUUGUGCCUCAUCAACAAUUUACAUUCAUCGCUUCAUUCAUGACAUCGCACAGUAUUAGAUUAUUCCGAUCGAAAUACACUCAACAAGCAAGACUCGAGACUGAUACCCGGCCAUAACAGAUGGCUCUUGUGGAGUCAUCAGGAGUCACUUCCUUGCCAACAUCCCUCCUCGACCUCCUGUCGAAUUCACUCAUACUCGAGAACACAGUCCCAUACCUGCCGCUGUCGGCCAUCUUUGCCUUAUCCAGGACAUCUCACUCCUUCCGAGAACUUCUCCUCCGGACGACCAGCGUCUUUCGCUAUGUCGACCUUUCGAAAUGUCGUGGCGCUUAUGUUUCACCCAAUCUGCUGACGAGGAUAGACGUCGGCGGUAAUUCCUGGCGCGCCGAGAGGAUUGACGAAAAUUUGACCGAAGACGAAUUUCUUUCCGGACCAUUGCGUGGUGUACUAUCGAAUCUGAGACGAAUGAAAGUCCUCGCCAAUAUCCAGACUUUGGUGCUCGACGGGUUGUCAUCUGUCACAAAUGACCUGAUCAAUGAUAUUGUCACUAGUCCUGAGUACAAUAUCCGCCUGCUGAGUAUUCGCAAAUGCCUCAAUGUCAACGAGGCCAAACUCCAACAACUUCUCCGUCAUCUGUGUCGGCCUAGCAGACCCGAAGGCACGCCACGGUUACAGGGCUUGUACUUCUUUUCUCUUCCUGCUUUGACGCCUAGACAAAAAGAAAACGAACUGCGCUACAGCAGUUCGGGCGUGACGACGUCACAAGGCGCGCAACUCGGGGCUGCACAAUUCGACGACCUGUUUGUCGUCGAUGGAGUAGACCGGUGGUACGCCCCGAGCGGGCGAAUCAUGGUGCAGGGCUAUGUGCAACGAAGUCCAUGGGAGGAAACACUCCUCGCUUGUGCUGGCAUCAUCAGCUUCGAUGCGAUCCUGUGUGAUCAUAUGCACGAGGACAUGGCUCCCGUCUUGCAUCCCGCCUCUCGUGACUAUCUGGCGGAGAUCAAAGCUGGCAUUCCACCGCUUGCGACCUUUGCAUUAGGUCCGGGUGGGUGUGCUGGCUGCGGACGAGCUCCUCACGGCGCGCCUGUUUGGGGCGUCAGCGACCCUCGCGAGUUUCCCUUGCUUUGGCCGCCACCCUGUAAUGGGAGACUCGUCGAUGCGGUACGUCCACCAACAAAGGUCAUGGACGAUGGAAGCAUACUGCCGCAACGGCUGAUUGUGUCGUGCAUAUGGUGUCUGACGAAUCGACAUUGCGAUAAUUGUCACCGAUGGUGGUGCUCCGAUUGCUAUAAUCCUACGACCUCGAAGAAGCUCAGCGACCUGGAGCGACUGGAUCGGGCGGGCCUGUCGUACUUGCCAUCCAGAGAGGAGUUGAGUGGCGGUGCCAGCGAAGAAAAUGGUGGCGAUCAUAUCAAGCACCGAAACCUCACAAUAUCGCCUGGCCAACCUGCCGUGACACGCGACUGUUUCGAAUGCGGACGAGUCUGUAGCCUGUGUGCACCGCUAUCAACGCGGACGUGCAAGCGGUGCAAGAGCACGUAUUGUAUCCAGCAUAACACAGGGUGCGAUGAGUUUACUUGCGACUGGUGCAUGUUUCGUGGAGGACGCAGGACAAGGGAGCUCUACUAGACCACUACCUACCUGUACUACGACAUGGAACCUCCUCUUUGGCAGCGAUUGCCGGAACCUCCUCUCAAAGAUCAUAGGCCGAACGACGCCCGCCGCGGCGGUUGACGCUGCCAACCUCAGUACGACCCCUCCUCUCUACUCCGACAUGUCUAUGUACGACCACCCAUGCCACGAG